AUGUCGAGCAUACAAACUCCCGAGAAGAAAGACAUAACUAAUGUCUCUGUCAAUCCUGAAGUAGACGAGGCAUCUGGAUCCGUUGAGGUCGUUACUUCAAACGUAGGUUUUGACAAGAAGCAUGCAGUCGGCGCCGAUUUAUUCGAAGAAUUGCUGGAAAGUGAUCUCACUGAAGAUUUAGAUUAUGCUAAGGUGAGAAGAAAGAUUGAUUGUUGGUUGCUACCUGUCCUGUGUGUCACAUAUAUGCUGCAAUUCUUAGAUAAGUUGUCCCUUAACUAUGCGUCUGCGUAUAACUUGAAAGAAGAUCUUAAGUUGACAGGAAAUGAUUACGGUGAUAUAGCGGCAAUCUUCAAUGCAGGUUACAUGGUAGGAACCAUUCCUGGUAAUUGGCUCAUCCAGAGGGUGCCUGUCGCGAAAUUCACUGGAUGCGCCCUGCUAGUGUGGUCUGUAUUACUUAUUGGCCAUAUUGGUGCUAGGAAUUAUUCCGAUAUGAUGGCUUUGAGAUUCUUGCUGGGAGUUAUGGAAGCAACGAUUUCUCCAUCAAAUAUGAUGAUGUGUGGUAUGUUCUAUAACAAGCAAGAACAACCAUUCAGAAUGUGUACUUUUCUCUCAAUGAAUGGUGUGGCAACAAUGGUAGGUGCUCUUUUAUCGUAUGGUCUGGGCCAUUCCACUAGCACAAGCUUGAAGCCAUGGCAACUAAUUUUCAUGGUCAUUGGGCUAAUCAAUUUUGCAUGGGGGUUCCUCUUUCUGUAUUUGGCACCGGACUCUCCAGCAAAUGCUAGGUUCUUGGAUCAUGAUGAGAAAUUGAAGGUAAUUAAUAGAGUCUCCAAGAAUCAAAUGGGUAUCAAAGAUAGGGCGUUCAAAUUCUCCCAAGCGUUAGAGGCGCUAAAAGACCCAAAUGCAAUCAUCUUGGCACUAAUCGGUUUGGGCUGUGGUGUUGUGAAUGGUGGUACUUCUAACUUCAUUUCGUCACUGAUCAAAGGGUUUGGUUUCUCUGGUUUGAACGCAACUGUCUUGCAAUUGCCAACUGGCGCUAUUGAAUUCGUAUGUGUCUUCGCUGCUGGUAUGCUGGCCAUUUCCACUAAGAAGAACAUAAGAACCUUCCUAUUAUUCCUACUAUGCAUCCCCACAUUGGCAGGUUUGAUCGGUAUCCACCUCAUCCCCUUGCAGCACAAAUGGGCUUUAGUAGGUUGCUGCUGGCUUCUAUACAUUAUUGGGGGGCCAGUCAUCAUGUGCUGGAUCUUGAUCAAUGUCACCACGGCCGGAUCUUCUAAAAUGACCAGUACUAAAACCAUGUGGUUCUUGAUGUACACUGCUGGUAACAUCGUGGGUUCCAAGAUCAUGUAUGCAAACGAAGCUCCAAAAUACAUCUCAGGUAUGAAGGGAUUGAUAUCAUCUUAUGGAGGAAUGAUGUUCCUUUCCAUAGUGUAUGCAUGCUUAAUGUUUUACAGGAACAGAACGAGAGAUCGCAAAUAUGGUAAACUAACACCUGAAACCGAGAGAGAAGGUGUCAUUAAUGGUUUCAAGGAUAUGACCGAUUUCGAGAACAAGUAUUUUAGGUAUGCCUAUUAG